CGUAGGAUGAGAAAGAUGGUCGGAAAUUGAGGAAGUAGUAAAGUAAAAUGAUUCCGAAGGUUUCUCCGAUGAGCGAGGAUGAGAAGAACAGAGAAAUCGGAAUCGCCACUGACAACCCUUAUUAUGUCACCUUUCAAGGCGUCGCUAACCACUUUCCUCCUCAACAUCAACACCCACAAUCUCCCUCCGCUAAUUAUUACCAACGACAAGGAUACCACGUUGUUCCAGGUUUAUAAUUGGUUGGUUUAUUGGUGGUGUUCCCUGGUACGUUGGAACUUUCAUUCUAAUGUUUGUACAGAUGGAUUGCCGAGAAGUGCCUGGAUUAAUUGCAUGCACAGUUGCUUCCUUCGUUACAGUGAUUGUUGUUGCCCUUGGUAUCACGCAAGGAGAUCUUGGGAAGUUGACAUCCUUUUGACCUGCACAAUCCUCUAGAGCAUUUCUUGCUGUAAUUUACACUUUCGAACUCAGUGCGGAAGUUACAAUUGGCUGCAGUUGGAAAUUAACACUUCGACGCAAUUUCUACAUGUUAAAGUAGGAGUUGAUGGAAAUUUGGAAACAGAUUAAAAAAAAACCUCCUUUCAAA